UCGCGGGCGCGGGCGCGGAGAGGCUGCAGGAAGAUGGAGGCUGCAGCAGCUUAUGGAGCCGGGCGCGCGGGGGGAGCGUUCGACCCCGUCACCUUCAUCAAACAACCUCAGACCAUCGUGAGGGCCGUCAGCUGGCUCUUUUCGAUUGUUGUCUUUGGAUCAAUUAUCAAUGAAGGUUACAUGAACCGACCUACGGAGGUGGAACAGCACUGCAUCUUCAACCGGAAUCCCAACGCCUGUAACUAUGGUAUCACUAUCGGUGUGCUGGCCUUCCUCGGCUGCAUGGCCUUCCUUGCCCUUGAUGCUUACUUUCCACAGAUCAGCAGCGUAAAGGAUCGCAAAAAGGUGGUUCUGGGAGACAUUGGAUUUUCAGCGUUUUGGUCCUUCCUAUGGUUUGUGGGAUUCUGUUUCCUCACCAACCAGUGGCAAGUAACGGAUCUGGAGAAGGACGACCCGUUAAAGGAAGGAGCUGAUGCUGCUCGAGCUGCUAUCACUUUCUCCUUCUUCUCAAUCUUCACCUGGGCUGCUCAGGCAUUCCUGGGAUACCAGCGGUACCGCCUGGGAGCCGACUCUGCUCUUUUCUCCCAGGAGUACACAGACCCGAGCCAGGACACCUCUGCCCCUUACGGCCCGUACCUCUCCGGGGACGAGAUGGAAGCGCCAGGCUCUUACCAGCAACCACUGUCGACAGGAUCCUACACGAGCACCUCAGAGGGAUAUCAGACGCAGGAUUACUGAGGAAAACGAAGGCCAGGAGUGAGUGACACGAGAAUGCGAAUCCCUCACACGCAACCUUUACACAUUUUACUGGGCAACCCUUGGUUUAAGUGAGAGAAAACGCUGACACACCACAAGUGUCUAUCAUCACUGGGUCAGGGUUUAAUAUCCUUGAGUUUGAAAUACGUAUUCUAACUCCUGCAGGUGCUUAAAGUGAACAUAAAAUAUUUCCACGUCGCCUAGUCUGUUCUGUAAGACGUGCUCACUUAAAUGCAGAUAAUUUUUGAAGGAAUGGUAUAUAUAUGUAUAUAUAUUUAUUUUAAUUCAAGGUUUAUUUAUUGAUUCUGGAAGACAGUUGGCUGCUGAAAACUUGCCCACUCCCCGGAUGAGCCCACCAAUGCCAUCUCCUCUCUGUGAGUUCACUAUCCCUCCUCCCAGCUCCCUCACUCAGGAAUGGGAUCUGUGCACAGCACCAGCACCGACAGGGCAUGGGGCUGGGGGAAAGGACUGGAGCGAACGAGAGACUGUGGGCCCCUGCUCCCACUGGUGCCGAGGUAUGGAACAGGCCCUUGUUCAGGAUGCUGCCUCAGCUGGUGUUUCCCGGGGCCACGGGGACAGAGUCGGGUGUGAAGGAAAGCUAUUCUCAUUUACUGAAAAGCACAAAGUAGCCAGCUAAGCAACUUUUUUUUCCCAGGGGAGGGUGUCGGGUGAGGGGUGGAAAGCAAAGAGAUUCCUGUUCACUUGAGAAGCCCUUACAAAUGAUCAGAGACAGCAUUUGCCCUGCUCCAGUUAUUUAAAACAUGGGGAAGGAGUCACGAUGGUGUGGGGGGUGGGGAAACAUGGACUCAACUUGAUCUGGAGCCUGAGAUUUCGAUAGAGAGAGUUCACUUUUGUCAUGGCACUGAGUCUAAGCAGGGAUUGCCCUGUGGGAGAGGGGGUGCCGGGGGCGGGAGUGGGUGGGUGGGUGUGUGUGUGUGUAUACAAACAUGUGCCUGGGUGUGGUGUGUACCUUGCCUUUUGGCUUGUUUUCCUCCCCCACCAUGUCCUAUCUCUCUCUGCCCCUUACUGUCCAUCUCGAUCUUGUGCUCGGUCUCUCUCUCGGUCCCUCUCUCUCUCGGUCUCGGUCUCGGUCUCUCUGUCUCUCGGUCUC